GAGCUAUUGCCAAAAUUGCUGAAGUUGUUCAUGGAGACAUGGAAAAAUGGCGUCUGUCAGUGAAUCCUGUAACGCCGUCCAUGAUAAUUUCUUGGCGUCUCAGGAUAAAGUCGGCCUAAUGCCGGCCUUUUAUCAGGUACUUCAAUCUUGCCUUAAGGAUCCUGACAAGAAUUAUCAGGAGAAAGUAGAUGCACUUCUUAGAGCGUGGGAGACAUUAGCUUCCUACACCAACCAGUCUUCCCCAAGAGAUAAUGUUGAUUAUCUCACAGAAAACUUGUACAGGGAUACGCUUAUGCUGGUUUUACGAGGAGAAUGGAAUAAACUUCCACAAGCAAACAAAACACAUCUAAAUGUCACCCUUCAGAACACCAUCUCCAACCUGUCUAAAACACCCGCCUAUACCCUAUGCCAGCAUGUGAUCCGCGUGGUCAAUAACCCAUGGAACGAUCCGACACUGAAAAAAAUCAUCGACGGUGAAUCGAUCAGUGAAUCAGAAGGGCUUGAGUUUUGUUUGGCGGAAAUGCCAACGCUUCUGACCAUCCGCCUCGAUAGGCUAUGCGAUGAUAAGUGCAGAGACAUCGCGCUCAGACUAGUGGCAGUCUAUAGAAAAUGCUUACAGGACUCUUCAGAUUCUCGGUUUUUGGAGUCUUGUGCAGUGUCAUUUCAAGAACAGUGGCUAGAUUUGCACAUGGCGCUACUCUACAGUUUCAAAAAGAAAGAAGAAGUUAUCGCAAUAUUAAAGCAGCACUCGUUGGAAGACGGCUAUAACUUAGUAAAGCGCCUCAUCGACAAGCAUACGUCGCAAAUCCAUGCACAAAGUAGCGGGAGUAGUGGUAUUAACCGAAUCUGGCGGCAUCACAGUUUGAAGACUGCCGAAUUUGCUAGCCAGUGUUUGCUUACCACGGCUUUGAUUAUAUGUCCUCCUCCGAAUUGCCUCUCAUCACUAGCCAUUCAGCUUGUGAACCUGCAAAAGACGAUCGGUAACUCAAGCCAAACGGUGAUCGACAUGCUGCAUACAUUGGUAGAUCAGAAUAAACUAAUGACAUCUGCCCACAUGUAUAUUCUUUGCGCGACGCUUUCAGAAGAGCUUCGCGGUGAUUUAAAGUCAUUUUGUAUAGAGCUCUAUGUCAGAGCGGUGGCGGUUGAUCUCAACGACUUGGAAAAUCGAAAGUUAAAUCCAGAAGGAAGUGGAGUAAAAAGUGGUGAAAUUGGUUUAGCAGUUGUGUUCUCUAAAUUGGCCGAAUUGGUCCGUGCCAACGUGAGAAUUUGCAGAGAGAUCGCAUUGACAGCCUUCUCACUUCAUCCCACCAAGGAGCGCUAUGAUAAGCUGGUAGAGCUGGCGGCAUUGACAAUUGAACACGGAUUCAAGUUGGAGUCGGUUGCAACUACCGGAGGAGAGCCAUCUUCAUCACUAACGAUCACUGACUUCAGCCAAGCAAUUAUGGAGCAUGGCCACGGUGCCGUGGUCGGGGAACCGCCACCGGGAAGUGGUGGAGGUCCGGGUGGUGGCAUUACGAAUGACGAAGCUCGCGAUGAAAGCGAAUCCCUGAAUUCUACCUUCGUGAGUGUCAAAGAAGCAUUAGAGGAUGCGGAUAGCGGAGUGGACUUGAAUGACAUUACCAACGGUAUAGGAGAGCAAGAGAUCGGAAGCCCAAGUACGCUAUCCCAGGAGGAGGAAACACAAUCCCCGUAUUCUGAUUCUGCUGCUGCCAUCUUGGGUGUAUCGAAAGCUGUCAUAAACGAUCUUGCCAGUGUGGUGCACAGUGUGCGGUGGGAUGUGCUUACUUGGAAAAUUGGAUGGGAGCAGUUGAAACCUCUCUGCCGGCGUUAUAUGUCCGAUCAGGAAAAUAUGCGUUCUGUCACCAAAGAGCUUCUAUUUCUCAAAAUUGAUUACAAUCGGUUUAAAGACAUGCCGCGACCUGAACGGGAUGAGUUUUGGGGUAUCGAAAAAGGAUAUGAAAACUGCAUGGAGCCAGUGAUGGAAAUUGAAGAAAGAAGUCGGCCCCGCGUCAAAUCGGAACCCAAACGUCAAAAGUCGAAACAUUCAUCACGGCAGGCAUCUGAAAGUUCCAGCCCGUACGCGGAUGAACUGGCUGAGCGCAAAAAAGUACUCAAGAAGAAGACUUGGAUGCGCAAAGUGACGCUGUCGCUCAAAACCUCUUCCGAUUCCGAUAGUAGUAUCGGUUUCAACCAAUCAAAGUUGAAUUCUGAAUCUAACUCAACCCCGGAUGGUGUCAAAAGAUCUGCAAGGAUCAAAGCUAGCAAGAAAACCAAUACCGUAUCUCGGGGUUCAUCUCCUCUUGUGAAAAGAUUACGAGAAAUCAGACCAGAUUUUGGCAGUGCCAAUCAAUGGCAAGAUUCUUGUCCAGUCACACAAACCACUCGAUCUCCUCUCUGCGAGUCGGCAGAUUUAUCCAGCAAUAAUGUUGUACAGCAGCAGCUUCAAUUGUCUCGUUGUUCGUCGUCUUCUUCCUCUACUUCGUCGUCUCCUUGCCACAACGCCGCCGAUCAUUUCGCACCCAUGCUUAGCACAUUGGAUAUGCAACCCAAAGUCAUUUUGACGAGAACGCCAGUCAAUUCGCCAGGACCUUCUCCGGUCAAGAAACCGAACAGCGCUACCAAGAUGUUCCCGGGAGCAGAUGGAAUUUUCGGCUGUCGCGUUCUGUUAGAAAAACUUGAUAAAAUACACGCCGGCGUGGAACGAACCAUGACUAACCUCAAAGGCCUUGAUCAUGUACAGGUCAGACCACCUCCUACCGCCGUACACAUGGUGCAGCUACGCAACCUGCCCGCCAACAGUCGACUCGCUACUUCUAAUGGAUUACCCAACAACGCAGAUGGGAACGGUGAUACCAGUGUCAACAAUAAUGGUAGCGCGGCGAGUGUCCACCGACAAGAGCAACAGCAGGAACAACAUCAACAAGAAGAAGCCAGUAAAGCGCCCACUUCUUCUGCAUCUUCCUCCUCACCUGGUAGCGGUGAAGCACCGCCGUUCACAAGUACACCAAGUGUCCAAAUCACUGCUGCACCAUCUGGCAGUGGCCCUGGCUCUACCAGAAAUGUUGCCGAUCCAGAUCCAGUGACGUUAGUUUCGACUCCUUCGGUUAGCAUCUUCCAAGUGGCCCAUCGGCCUGCAGGCAAUAAUACCGGUGCUGUCUUACAGCCUGUUGCAGCCGUGACGGGUUUCAAUCCGCCAAACCCCAGGGUAAAAACCCCGGUAGCUUCACGAUUGCCAAAAGGUUCCAGAAACGCUGCGUCAAUUGUUAGACCUUGCCUGGAUGAUCUGCCUUCCGUCACUUUAUCGCAAAUGUUGGCUCAGUCACCCAGCAUCGAUAGUACAGAAGCGAAUUCACCUCAUUCGCAGCUUGUUGCUACGUCCAACGGACCGAAUCAAUCGCCAGGAACGACUUCGCUUGCAACGAAACAGACUUCCCAGUCAGGAACUACGCGAUCUACACGGGUCCAGCGAUCCAGGGGAGAACCAAGUAUACCGCCCAGCCCAGGCGAUGGUACAGUCGUCUCAUCCACAGUGUCUGUUGCGAGCAACUCGCCACUUCCCUCGGAUAUUAGCUCUCCUUGUCGAGUUCCCUUGGUCAAAUAUGUUGAUUUGGAUAUGGUGAGCAGCCCCUCGCGACCGAGGCCUGGAAGUACCACCGGGGUCCGACGUCAUAGUCAGGGAUCCAAUUCGAACUCACCUGAUCCACAUAGAUCCACCACAGCCAAGGGUCAUCGAGCAGCAGCUGCUGGACAGAAUCCAUCAAGUCCUGCGUUAAGCAGCCCACAGAGUCCGGCUCUUCAAGCUCCACCUAGCCCGCUGUCGUUUCGCAAACAGCAGCAACAUCAUCACGUGUAUCGACAACAGGAAAAUAAGGUGAUGACCAGCGAUAGACUGGCGUCACCAAGUCACCCGUCGCAAUGUUCGUCGCCAUUUUCCCGGCCAUCAAGUCGUUCCCAGGAUACUAGUCCGAGUCCAUCAGAGGUGCUUAGCGGAUCAAUGUUUCCGCCAGGAUUUCUUCCUUACGGCCCUUCGGGGGAUGCGGGAUCGAAUUCGAACCAUCCCGGAGCUAGCCCAUCUCAUGGAGCUGCAACAUCCGCCAGUCGCCUAUCCAAUUUCGGCGCAAUUUCGCCUAGUCAGUCUAAUGCACCGAAUUUCCCGUCAGCUCUCCCAAAGUUUGGACAGGCUUUCGGAAAAAAGAGCCAUUUCGACGUCAUGCCUGUACUAGGAUCUAUGAGCUCUGCUCCAGCAGCUGCCAUAACAACAGCCACAUCUUUAACUCCUGUCCCGGCCUUGCAAGAUCCUAAUUUACAGGUUACACGCAUGAUUAAUAGUGGCUUAGGAGGCAACAGCUUUGGCGAUAGCAGUCGCAGAUUUGUCGAGGAAUCACAUAGUCAAUCUGAAGAAGAAGGAUUAGGAUCCAAACUUCACUCGCUGCUGGAAUCCGCCCUCAACGGACAGAUCAGCCGAUCACCCACAAGAGGUCUCCCCCAAACCCAGCAAUUAGUGACGGGCAACCCUGAAAUGCUGCUGUCGGACUCGGCGCCUUCCAUCAGUCCUCUCGUAGGCGGAAUGGACUCCCAAUCAGGAAGUGAUAUGGCCGGCAGUGGGGGUUCUUUAUCGGAACAGUUGCGCGAAUUCGAGUCGGUCUUUGAACGUGUUGCUGCUAGCACUGGAGGCAGUCACUUGCAGAAUCAGCCAGAUCCUUGGUCGGAACUUGCCAAUCCCGAUGAUGGAUCGUACAUGGGAGUCGGUCCGGUUGAAUUUUUAGCACCAUCAUCCACCUUUUCCGAAUCGAUGGACGUGUCUGAAGCGUCUCCUACUUCGCCGAAUUCUGCCGACGGCCCUUUGUCGUGCCAGCCGGAAGAGGGAGGGUCAGUUUCAGCGGUCCCUGUCAACGGGAAAGGUGCGCCACUGAUGCAGCUCCUCACCGUCGCCUCAGCUGCCCGCCAAGCGUUGGAAGACGAAGAAAAGGAAAACGAAAUCGCCACUCCGUCUCCGAUAGCUUGUCUCGAGGUCAAGGUGGAGCCCAUCGUGGAAGAAGCGAUCAAUGAUGAAACGGGUGAUAACAAAGACAGGCAAGACCAAGGAGAAUUGACCGACAAUCAGCACAUCUCGGUGCUGUUCCCCACCAGCAGGGUAGUGUCACUUUCAACCGUUUUCUCGGGAUCUAUUAUGGUCAAUACAACGGAAGCUAGUCAACCUCCUGCCACGCCGUUACCUAGGAGCACGACGCCGCCGAUAGGUUCCGUUAAACCGGAAGUACCGCCCAAAAAUAAUCGAAAUAAAAGCUUCCCGAAAUCAAGCCCGGUAGUCAGUCCAAGCGCUAGCGGAAACACGACUCCAAACAAAGCGACGCCAGUAGCAACGACAUCGGCUGCUACUUCAUCAGCGAGUCCGGCUGCUAAUAAAGCUCCUCAAAAAGCGCACGAUGACGAACACACAGUCCUUAGAGUUCAAGCCAUUUUGGAAGAAUACAAAGAACAGUUGAGAAACUCACCUGAUCUUCAGAAUAAGCCGGCUCCGCGAAGACGUUCCAAUCCUCUUCCGUCUCCAAACGCGACGCCAAAGAGGCGAAAGUCGGUGCAGAGUAAGGUGAAGUUACUCUCCCACCAUGCACGGCCUGCUGAAACAAAUUCAGAUGGAACGCCAAAUGCUAGCAGCAGUGCAGAUUCCACGCCGACCACGAUGACCGAACAACUGUCCGGAUCUUCAAAUACGGACAUUAUCCCUAGUACUCAUCCAGCAAUAGAGUGCGUUAAAACGGAACCGACGACGUCUCCGCCAACCACGACCACCACUACUACUACCACUACUCCUCCCAUAACGGCAGCAGUCAAAGCGGAAACGCAAAAAACUGAAGGCACAACGUCUGUCCAGAUGCUGAGUACAUCUGCCGGAAUCCAAUUGUCCAUCCCUGUAAGCGCUGUGGUGACCAGCAGAUCGACCGCUUUAACUAUUACGAAUGACGGAGCGACGAGUGCAAUCACUUCUAUUCCACCAGGAACAGGAAUAGCUACGACAGUCACCGUUUCGUCAGCUUCGGCAGCUUCGGCAACUCCACUUACUUCGUUAGCCGGCGUGUCGACUGUUCCUAUUGGCAUGCUUCACCAACAGCUACUUGUUCAAUCCGGAGCGGGUGGUGUAAGGCAGCUUCUUUUCCCGUUGAAUUUUUCUUCAGCUCGCGGUGGUACAUCGGCUCCCCGAUAUAUUCAAGUGCGGCAAGUCACGAUGAGCGGCCAACCAGGUGUACUCAGUUUCCCAGCUCGAUUCGGAACUCCGAUCACAAUGCGAGCUGUUGCGCACACUGCCGUCAACGUGACGCAUCCAGGCCAGCAGCAGACUCAGCAAGGUCAGGAGCAGAACGCCACGUUUCCCGCCAAAUCUGUUGUGACUGGAGACACGCAUGUCAUACUCUCUUCCGAGAUCCCAAUCGCCAACCAGUCUUCCGCUGGUGGUACUGUGCCACAGAGGAAUCCCUCGUUUAGCGCAGAACUGGAAUCGACAACGACAUGCUCAGCGCAGGCGAGCACUCCAAAGUGCGAGGCUAUUUCAGUAGUUACUGUUCCAGUUACCGCACCCACUACGACUAGUGUCCUGAGACUGGUACCACAGUGCGUGCCAACAGUCAAUAGGGUUAACCUGCCCGUUCCAGCUGGUAUUGACGCCAAUGCCUUGUUGGCGACGACUGCAACUUCCACCUCCACCCCACCCUCGGUGCUGGCCCCUGCAGCUGAGGAUUCACCAACUGUCGCCGCUACCGUCGUGGAGGAGGCAGAUCAUGGCAAGUGGAGUGAUCAAGGUACGCCAAGCGGCUCCAGGAAUUCAGUGGAUGGAUCGGGGACACCAGCAGCCGAUGAAAAACUUCUCAAUGACGCAGAGACUGGCGUUUCCGAAUUUUUGCCGUGUGCCGAUUUCAUGGGACCGGGAAUUUCACCUUCGCCUUGUUUCAGCCUUUCAGAUUCACCAUUAGGAUCGCAGAACUCGUCGCCAGUCACGUCACCGGCCACCUUCCAGGCGUCUUCAACCGAUGAGGAUUCCAACGGGCUAGUUACAUCUGGUGACGGAGAUUUGGCUCUGUCAGGUGGUCCUCGGAAAACAUCCAAGUCAAAAAUAUUAAAGCGAAACAUUAAGCCCCGUAUGGUCAUGGUUCGCAAGGAUCAUGGGGGAAUGGAGUAUCGGCGGAUGAGUGACGGUGAAGGCGGGCCGGCCGUCAUACGCAAUGAUCGGCGUACGUUAGGCAAAAGGUUGGCCAAUAAGCAAGCCGCCAUUGCCGCGGUGGCCGCUGGAGCCGCAACUGAUUGCAUCAACUCGCCUUCGCCCGCCCAGCCUGAAAGUCGGGAAACGUUGCCCAACGCUCAAUCAUCUCCAUCCUCGAAGCUUGUUUCUGAAGAUUCUGAAUCUAACAGAAUGGUGGUCCAAGCCGUCAGGCUUGUGAUUAAAAAAGAAGGGGACAUUUCCGUGGUGACGUCAAAAGUAGAGUCGGCGACGACAACAACUAAACAAGCGGAAUUGACAAAGAGUGAACUGAUGAAACCGCGACAACAAGAUCAGAACGACUUGUCUUCCACGUCCAUGUCUGUUGAGGCCAUGAGUAGCGACCCCUCGAUUAAAAAAGAACCACCAAACGAGGAGGAUACUAAUGCUAAUACGGCAUCAACCGAUACCUCAGUUGAGAUGGAUGAAUACAUUGUACGACCUAGACGUUGCGGUCGUUUGCAGAAAGAGGAAGUUUUAAAUCAACACGAUCCCGAUGUCUGUCCUCUAGAACGCGGUAAGGCGAAACGUAGAUCGUCGGUUCGCACCAACGUCAAGAAAAAUUGCCCGUGUUGCGUUUCCGUCAGCGAAGGUCGCAAACGAACUAAAAGUGAACCACUUGGCGUGGAUAACGCGUCUCCAGAACACACAGGGCCUGCCAAGAAAGCCCUUGUCAACGCACUGGCAUCUUGCGCUGCGGCGGCGGGUAUGAUUUCGACGACAGCCUCUACGACCGCCGUAUCGACAUCAGCUCCUACCCCAGCUCCUACACCAGCUGCCAACAGACCAAAAACGACGAAAAAAUACGCUCAACGCAAAAGAUGAGGGUUUGCUCCUCAGUCGCUGGCAUGCGCUUGCCCCCUUUCUAAUUGAUAAGUACUCUUUUCUCUUUUACUGCUACUAAAGAAAACCAACCAAACUGUCAUCGAGACAUUCCCGCGGUCUAAUUUCCCCACCAUCUAGUCAUUUAAGAUUAUGUUCGUCAUCUGAUCCGAUUUGACGUAGAAAGGACCUCUUCGUGCCACUGAUAUUUUCACUCGAUCCCCGUUUUUUUGUCCAUACAGCGUAAAAAAAAAAAAAAAAAAAAAAAAAAAAUGUGUCCCAAAAUUUUGACCUUUUUCACCCUCUCAUCCUCGUUACGGCGUUUCCCUAGCUUUUGCGUCUCCAAAUUUAUACAACUGAGCGUUUGUCGUGACCCUGUCGUUUAGGUUUAGAAUUAAGGUUUUGCGUUUCUCAUAUAAAUUUCCUUUUUUAAGAACCGAAAAAGUUAGUUUCCGAUUUCCCUUCGCCGUACCUCUUCCCCUUUGCAGUUAAAUCAAGUUGAGUGUAUCUCACGUCUUCAUUGAGCUCUCGAGUUUUCAAACUCCCUGCUUUAUAUCAGUGUCGAGUAGUACUCUCCCACUCCUCCCUGGAUAGGGAUUUAAAAAAUUAAAAACAAGUAAAUAUUGGAAACAAAAAAGAAAAGGUGGGCAAUUUCUGUCUGUUCUUUUGGUUGUCGUGACUUGUUUAUAUUACCACCUUCGUAUAACUACUACGCCCACCCGAGAAGAAGCUAUUCCUUGAAAGGUUUCAUUUCGCUUAUUAUGACGAUGGAAGGGGUUCUAUUGCCAGCCUGUGAUGGAUCACGUGCUCAAACACACACACAAAAAGAAAAAUUGACAACAGCAACCUGUGGGAACUUAGCUAAGGAAUAAGAGUUUCAAAAACGCCGAGCGUGUGACGAUGAGAAUGAAGAUAGAGAGUGUUGAACAUUUUGGUGUCCUCCGGCCACACAUAAAAUAUCGUUAUUUCUUGUUUAAGUGUUAGGAAAAGAGGAAAACAAAACAAAAAUAAAAACGCAAAUGAAGCCGAUUGGAAGUCGUCGUUCUGUUCCACUAUCUCUCUUUAAAUCUUGUAUCUUCUCUUUUUUACACACAUUUAUCUGUGUCUGCAGGUCACGCCAAAACGGGGAUUUUUCUACAUGUAUUAUAGCACAUUUCCAUUGGUGACUUGUCUUGUGUGGAAAGCCGUGUUUCAGUUUAAUUUUUCUUUAUUUUUUUUUUUGUUUGUUUUUCUUUAUUAUUACCUUUUUUUUUAACUUCUUUGUCCUUUUUUAAAAAUAUUUAUUAGUAACCGAGUUGUGUUUAUUCUGACUGGAAAAAGAAAAGGUUACAAAAUGAGCCAAUUCGAGAACUAAAUUUACCCCUGUAUGUGUUAUAAACGUCUUGGUCACCCCGUCUCUGCUGUUGGAUGUCUAAAAAUGACUUUUUACUUCUUCUUGAGAAAGGGGAUUUUUCCAUUCCUGAAUUACUCGACAUUUCGUGAGCAUAAAUUCGUGUGUGUUGAUUUUUGUACGUUUACUUAUUUCACUGUAAAACGCGGCAUUACCUUUUUUUGUGUUUUGAUCUACUCCCACCUGGAAUUCUCUGUCCUGAACUGUGCCGUAUUGCCCUCCCUCCCUAAUGUCUCAUUAAAAUUCGUAUGUUGAAUGUGCAACACAUUCUGUUAAUUUUUUUCCGAUGUCAAUUUUGUCCGGCUUUUCAUUGCUCGUAACAAACGAAUAUACUCGCUGGAAAGUUG